GGUGUGCGGAGCUGCUGCGCCGGUGCGAUGGCCGCUGUGGACUGCAUCAUUAAGCUGGGAGGCAGCGCGUUGACGCAGAAAGAUCAGCUGGAGACGCUGAGAGCGGGGGCCUUGCGGAGGGCGGCCGCUCUCGUCUCGAGGCUCUACGGGGCUGGAGAGAGGCGGUGCAUUGUUGUACACGGCGCAGGCUCCUUUGGGCAUUUCCAAGCAAAGCAACAUGGCGUUGCCUGUGGGUCAUCAUCAGGAUCAGCUGCAAGCUCCAGUUUGAGACGAGGGCUAUGUUUGACCAGGCUGUCUGUCACCAAGCUGAACCAUGUGGUGACAGAUGAAUUGGUAAGGACUGGAGUUCCAGCAGUAGGCAUUUCGCCUUUUGGAACUUGGAGGACAGCAUUUAAAAAUGUCAGCCAGGCUGAUAUUGAUACAGUGAAGGAUGUUUUGGACUCCGGUUAUGUCCCAGUAUUACAUGGUGACUGUGCACUGGACUUGGAACAGCACUGCUCUAUUUUAUCAGGUGAUACCAUCAUUGAGAUUCUUGCUGAAAAAUUUUCUCCUAGACGAGUUGUGUUUCUCACAGAUGUAAGUGGAGUUUACAGCUGUCCACCUGACGAACCAGGUGCUAGACUUGUGAAUUCCAUUGCCAUUGGUCCUGAUGGAAAUAUGGAGCCACUGGUGCUCACAUCUGUGCUUCCACAUGAUACUACUGGAGGUGUGUCCUUGAAGUUACAGUCUGCUGUAAAUAUAGUUUCUCGGAGUCAUGGAGCCAUUUCAGUUUUGAUCUGCAAGCUGGACAGUGAAGCAGCUGAAAAGGCAUGUUUGACUGGGGAACAGGAGGAAGGUGAAGGCACAAAGCUUUUCUUCCGGGACAUCUGAAGAAGACUUCUUGACAAGAGCCUUAAAUCAGGCAGAAGAAGUUUCCCCAAGACCACAUCUGCUAGCAUGACUGAGUAUAGUGACGCAGUUAGAAUGUUGUACUAGUGAGACCCAAGUUUAAAUUCACGAUCCGCCAUGAAGCUUGCUGGGUGACCAUGGGUCACUUUCAACCUAACCUACCUCAUACUUUGUAAACUUAUAGGCCGCAGUCUUGAGUCCCAUGCAAGAAGGGAAAGAUAAAAAUGUCGACAGACAUCAGUGCUUAUUUUGUGAUUUCCACAUGGCUGCCAUAGUCAAUUCCCACUACUUUAAAUCUAGACUCCAUUGUUAAUGCCUUUGGACUGAAUCAAGCGACCAAUGAAUCACUCUAAAUUCUUUUGUUCUUUUAAUAUACUAGAAACAUUGGAGUUUUUGUGGCUAUGAAAAAUGUCAGCCGCUAUUUUUUUUAUAUUUUUUCCUGGCUAAGGUCUUAAAGGUUUUGUUAAAAGGAAUAGUUUAUCCAGACUCUGUUGUUACAUAUGCAUGUUGAAAAUUGACAUAUUAAAAACAAUCAAAAUGUCAUCGUCUUAUAGGAGAAGAGAAGAAAUGGAGGUGGAAACAGUGGAAGGAAUAACAAGUUGGAGGUGAAGCUGCUUAAGUAUAGGACUGAAAGGUGAGACGUGGGCCUGUAGUGGAAAAGGAAGAGGGCACGUACCAUCUCUCAUUCUUUGAGGAAGUGUUUCAGUUUCCUUGGGCAAAACCCCUGUCCAGCCUAUAAUAACUGCUGCUGCAGAUCCUACUGUAGAGAAGGUGAGGAAACUGAUACACUUGGAGAAAGAUCAGCUUGAAGGGACUGCUUGGAAAAGGAGGUGUGAGAUGUGGAUUAGGAAAACAAGAUUGUCUGACCUGACAAGCUUCUCUUGGGGGUACUCUUGUUGCAGCCAUCUCACUACAUGUCAUUAGGAUCUUUUGCCUUUGUUCUUCUAGCCUUUAACUUGAAUCACAUUAUGGGUGCAUUUUCUGCUCCUGAAAUUUCUAGUUCAAACCCCACCCCUAUUUUUUUAAAAAAAAAUUGAACUGUUGAAUUCCCCAUAGAAACAUUGCCUAGACAAGAAAGAAAGUAAUAAGGCAAGACUAGGAAAGAGGAUAGCACAAACCAAAAAUUCAGAGAUUGUUUUUGGAAGGUUUGAUCUCUUCAAUGAGGCAUAAGAAAAUGAAGUGUUAAGUGAUAACAGAUCAGAUAAUAUGCAAACUGCAUUAACUCUUGAGACUGAUUUCUAACAUGCAUGGAGAUGGUUAUGACCCUAUAGAAUUCUGACAGCAUUGACUUGUAGAAUACAGUUAGGAGUGGGGCUAGCCAGUGCUUUGUUGACCUCACCUAUUUA